AUGAUCUCAAGCACGGAAGGCAAGACCAGCGGGGCAACUUCCGCAACGCAGGAAGGAAGGCACCACGACGCAAGAGGCAAUGGCUGCCUGCCUUCCCUCACGGGCGACUUCAAGGUGCUCCCAACUUCUUAUAUAAACCUCCUCUUCCCACCACCUCUCCCGACCUUUUUUUUCUUCUUCAUCACACUCACAAACAAGCAACUUCAAACAACCUUCACAAACAACCAACCAAACCAACCAGCUCAACCAACCAUCAAAAUGGAUACCAUCAAGAACGCCGCCAACUACGUCUCCGAGUCUGUUCAGCAGGCCGGUGCCACCGCCUCCAAGGAGACCAACAAGCAGGUCGCCAAGGAUGACAACGUCUCCAUCGGCAACCGUGCCUCCGCUGCCAAGGAUGCUGUCAGCGACAAGGUCGACGAGCAGAAGCAUGACUUCAAGGGCGAGGGCUACAAGGAGUCUGCCAAGCACUAA